AAUGGAGAUUUAACGUCUGUCGAAGCUCUGUUGGCACGUUACAAUUAUUUAUUAUAGUUCAAGAAUAUUUUGUAUUUUUCUACUAUUGUAUUAUCUGACGCUACCAAAUCGGGGCGUGACGUUUGAAAGAUCACGUGUCUUGUGUGCCAAGAUGGCGUCCUCCCUGAGAGGUGUUUGAGGGGAGAAUCUGUCACUCCACGGAGACUGGGGGAAGAUACCUUCCUGAGCCCUUCAGACGGGAGGAUGAUAGGCUCCCCGGACUUGGUGGCUUUUACCAGGCAGGAGGCCUAUGAAGAACAGACGACUCCAGCACUGCCUGAGGAAUACUCUGUGCCUCUUUUCCCUUUCUCAGACACGGAAAGCAGCCCCUGGUCCAGGUUGUCUGGGGCCAAAUUCAGUCGAGAUUUUAUCCUUAUCUCUGAAUUCUCAGAGCAGGUUGGCCCCCAGCCUCUGCUCACUAUUCCUGACGACCAUGAUAAUAAAGUCUGCGGUACAUUUGACCUCAACUAUUUCUCUCUACGUAUCAUGUCAGUGGAUUAUCAGGCUUCCUUUGUGGGACACCCACCUGGCUCAUCAUACCCCAAAUUAAAUUUUGUUGAAGACUCUAAAGUUGUGUUGGGGGACUCCAAAGAGGGGGCUUUUACAUAUGUCCACCACCUUACGUUGUAUGACCUGGAGGCAAGAGGUUUUGUACGACCCUUCUGUAUUGCAUAUAUAUCCACAGACGAGGAUAAAAUUAUGCAGCAGUUCAUUGAGCUUUCUAGUGAUUUUUCUAAGGCUUCAGAGUGUCUGAAAAUUGGGAACAGAAAGGCGUUUGCUCAUGAGUUAGAGAAGAAGUUGAAAGACCUGGAUUACACUAGGACUGUGCUUCAGAUGCAGAUGGAAGAUCUGAUGAAAAUGGAUGAUAAGGGAUUUUAUUCAACACAAGCCAUUGAAAAAGCUAAUGAGCUUGCCAACGUGGAGAAGUCAAUUAUUGAGCAUAAUGACUUGUUAAAACAGAUACAGUCCUAUCCAUACAGGAAGUUAAAAGGUGAUGAUUUCCAACCAUAUGAGCCAGAGACUUUACAAGAUGAAGGGGUAUUUAAUGGGUCGGUACAGCCUUCAGUUUCUUCAGACCCAGAUGAAAAUGUUUUGGAAGAGGAAACCAAUGUCUGUCCUACUAGGUCAACUUACACACCAAAAUUCAUAAAGGCAAAAUCAGCCAAAUGUUUUGAUAAAAAAUUGAAAACCUUAGAAGAACUUGUUGACCUUUACUUUUUUACUCAAACAUUAGAUUUGUUAACAAGCAUAGAAAAAAAAUAUAGGGGUGACGUGAGUUAUUUAUUAAUGGGGAAUCUUGACAAAGCUCUUUUAAAGCAGCAAGCGAUAACAAACUUUUUAUUUGAAGAUUUGUCACCUUGGGAUGCAAGAUCAUCCGUUAAACAUUAUAAUGAUAAUCUGGAGGCUUCUCAGAGCUUUCUUAGCCCUAAACCUUUUCAAGAGCCUGUGAAUAUUAAGCCUUCAGCAAGUUUUGAAUCCUACAAGUCAAGUGUAGAAUCCGUUCCUAUUAAAAUGGAACAAGAAUUAUCGAAUGAUGAUUGUCCCCCAGAGGAAGCAGAACUGUUUGUCUCUGAUACGCAAGAUAUAUCGGAAUGCCUUGAUAUGGAUAUGAAAGGGAGUGUUAGCAGUGGUGAAAGCAUUGAAGUCUUAAGAACUGAAAAUUCUGUCUCUCUACUUACUCAUUCUGAGAGCCAGCCAUGCAUAAGGCUGCAUUCUAGUCCACUGGUACCCAGGAAAAAGGCUUCUAGCCGGAGAACCAUUAGUGAAGAUAGCAUCGAAGUCCUUAGCACAUGUACCUCAGAAACUGUAAUACCUGAGGACUUUAGGGCAUAUCAGAUUGUUAUAAAUGAAGAAGAGCCGUCUACAGAAGAUAUGAAAGAGCAGCAGUGUAGUCUUAUAGAUAAUGAUGAUAAUGCUCAUGGAAAUAGGGAAGUCCCUAUAAAUGACUCUUCAGUAGAGCCUGCUUGUUGUAUAGGGGCUGAGAGUUCAAGUCUGGUUGAACAUACUGGAAAUCUAACUCUAGACUCUAGUGGGUAUGGCACCGUUGUUAGUGUCCCACCACAACCCUUUCGAAAUAAUGACCAGUCUUUUCAAGUUAAAUUCAAUGUGGAUGAGAUUGAGUGUCAAUCAGAUGACCAGGCUUUUCAUAGAAUUUCUGUUUCUGAGCAAGAUUCAGGCUAUUUAAUGAGUAGUGGAGAAGCUGGGAGAAUUAAUUUUGAGGAGCAUUCUGAUUCGACAAGUUACAGAAGCAGUGCUUCCACUUGUUCUGAUAGGACACCUUCCCCAUUUUAUUGUAGCAGCAACCUCUCAGAGAAACACAAAAAGAAAGCUGGCCAAAAUGCUCUGAGGUUUAUUAGACAGUACCCUUUUUCCCAUCCUGCCAUUUAUUCACUACUGACUGGGAGAACACUUGUUAUUAUAGGAGAGGAUGAAGCUUUAGUGAAAAAACUUGUAACUGCCUUGUCUAUAUUUGUUCCCAAUUCUGGAAAUGUUGCCAAACCAGUUAAACUCUGGGUUAGUCCCCCACUGCACAUAUUGGAUUUUCAGAAGUGGAAACUGAUUGGUCUUCAGAGAGUGGCCUCGCCUUCUGGUUCCAUCAUGCUUCAGUCCCUGAUGCGCUACAGCCGUUACGCCAGUGUUCUGGAUGCUGACAAUAAAACUCUCCGUUGCCCCAUCUAUAAAGGAACGCUGUUACAGAGAAUGGCUGACCACCGCACACAGAUAAGGAGGGGCAGCACCUACUAUAUGCACGUGCAAAGCAUGUUAACCCAGCUUAGCUCCAAGGCUUUUUUGUUCACAUUCUGUCGCCAUCUGCACUUUCCGAUUCGUGAGGACGAAAGCGAGGAGUCCAUCUCACAGCGCCAGGCAGCUUUCCUACACCAUCUGCUUGGUCUUUCCCAGGAGGAUAGUAAGAUAGUAGAGUACCUCUCUGAGCUGCUAAAAAUGCAUUACCUGCGGGAACUGGGAACGCAAGUUCUUCCUGUGCUCAGGUUUGACUACGUCCCCAGCUUUUUAUACAAAAUUUAACACAUGGAAUGACCUUUUGAGCCUUCCUCUGUAAGAAGAGACUGCAGUUGAAUUAAGGAUCGAGAGGCAUCACUUAAGCAUGACAGUUUGCACCUCAGGCUGGGAAAUAUUGUUGAAAAUGUUUUGUCCUUUUGCAUUGUUGUUUUUUUGUUUUGUUUUUUUUUGUAGAUGGUCUGUAUAUGUUAUACUAUAUGUUAUGCUACUGACGGAGGGAAACCAACCGAUUGGUUGUUUUCUCUCAUUAGAAUGAAUGGAUAUUUGUCCUUGUGAAAGAUGUUGUGACUGGGGAAUGGCAUUAAGAAAGUGGAAGAGUUAUCAUUUGAAUUUUUUUGUUUUAAAGGGAUAUAAAAUCCAAUUUUUCUUUCAUGGUUCAGAUAGAGCAGGCA